CCACAACGAUAUUUAAUGGAUUUUAAUCUCUCAAAGUCAUAUUUGCCAUAAAAAAUACAAGCAAAUCGUGAGUCAUCAGCCAAAAAGCUUAGCAAUUCAGAAGUCAAUGCUGCUAUGCAAAAAUACUUCUAAUUACUUAAAAAGAAGGAAGGUAAAGUUUAACAUCCAAUAAUCACACCUACUCAAUCCUCUAAGAUUUUAAGUCAACUUGUCACCAAAGUCUCACCAUAAUUAGACAUUCAAUUACCUGUUAAACCUCCAACACCAACUGGAACUUAAUCAUAUAGACCAUCAACUGAAAAGAAAGCACAUCAUCGUCCUUAGCAAUCUGUAGGUUAAAGCAAGGAUCUUAUAUUAAAAAAGCUUUAGAGUGCUUUAUUUUAGAAGCCAAAAACACAAUCAUAAUAGGUUACACCUAAAAGUGCUGGAAAAGAUAGUCUAAGUGUCAACAAAUAUUUUGAGAGUACAAAGAAAUUAAAUUCAGAUCAACCACAAUAUUAUAUAACUAAAGUUAAGAAUGCUUUCACCAAACCUAUUCAUGACGAUUAUUUUAGUAGAAUGUAUAGGGAGCAUUUUUUUUAAACUUAUUAAGGAAUAUAUGUUGCUUCAUAUUUAUCACCAGCUGAUCCAAAAGAUCUUAAAAAUAAAUAAGUACAUCUUAAAUAAAAGGAUAUUUAUAAAAGUAUCUAAUCUAUUUCAACAUAUUUUAUAGAUAAAAUUAGUAUAGUCUUUGAUCUUGAUGAAACUUUAGUACAUUGCAAUGAGAGUCUAGCUAUUCCUAGUGAUGUUAUUCUUACUAUAUAAGUUUCACCUUAAGAAACUAUUAAAGCUGGAAUUAAUAUUAGACCUGGAGCUAUAAAAUUACUUGAAUUAUUGGUCAAUGAUUUUGAAUUGAUCAUAUUCACUGCUUCUCAUCCUUGUUAUGCACAAAAGGUUAUUGAGUAUCUUGAUCCCAAUAAGACAUUAAUCUCACAUAGUUUAUAUCGUGAUAAUUGCAUAAUGACAACUGGAGGAAUGUAUACAAAGGAUUUAAGAAUAUUUGAUCGUCCAUUAAGUCAAUUAGUUUUAGUUGACAAUGCCUCAUAUUCUUAUGCAUGGCAAUUAGAAAAUGGGAUUCCUAUCAUUCCCUUUUAUGAUAACAAGGAAGAUAAAGAAUUGGAAUCCUUACUAAAGUAUUUAAGAGGAAUGUAAGGUUGCAGAGAUGUUCGAGAUUACAAUAAGUUUAUUAUAUAUCUUAAUAAUGUAGAGAAAACCUUAAGUUGCACAACUUCUAGGACCCAUCAGGACCUGGAGCUGUCUUUGAGAAAUUGUUUCAAUAGAAAAUGGAAAUCUAAUGA